AUAUAUAUAUAUUGAUGUAGGUUACUAGUUUUGUCAGUAUUGGCUGCGAAUGUUACAACUACUAUGUUCAGGAAAGAAGUGCAAUACGUACAGACCGUCUGCGCGUGGUCAAUAUUACUAGCGCUUAGUACAGGAAGCGCACAAUCAGAACGGAUCCGAUUUGUUAGGCAGUAUCGUGAUCAUCAACGACAAGUGUCCGUUUCCGAAAAGGGAUUCAACAUAUGCGACGGAGCGCGUUGCCAAAAUAUCAGUAUUGACUCUCUCCGCGGCCGUUUCCCUGGAUUAUUUCCGAAGCUCGACGAAUAUGCAAGUACACUUGGCCUACCUAUCCUCUAUGGCGACUUCCAGAAUAUGUACAACACUUCAAACUUCAAGUGUCCGGCCGACGGUGACGACUGCUGUCCGACUUAUAAGUGUAUUGUUCCAAAUGACUUUAGAAAGACCAUCCACACAGAAGGAGAGAAGUGCUUCAUUAUGCAGGCAUUUACAAUUGGGACUUGCGGGAUCUCUGCAAACGAUGGCAGCUGCAAGUUCUGCGUUCAAGACGACCAUGUGUUGUUUUUGCUGGCUUUUGACUUCAAAACAUGGACUUUAUCAUUUAAAAGCUUCAAAAUUGAGUCUUACUGCUCAUGCAAAGCGCUUUAAUAGAUGUGCAGAUUUAUUUCAGUCUGUAAAUUCCCAAACUAUGCCUGUCAACCGGGCAGGCUGAUGGAAAAGCCUGUCUGGACAAAAAAUCACCUGACCGAACAGCGUGAGUUUAUAACUACAGAACUAAGUUAAGUUUAACUCAUAUUUAUUGCAAUGUGCAGUCUGUUAGUAAGUAAGUAAAAUAAAACACUUGCGUGUUUAAGUUAUUACAGUGUAUGAUGGACAACAGCUUUAAAUUCUAGUCAGACUCAAAACAAAAUAACAUAAGACGAUUGGUGUUGCCUUCUUCAUCCUGAAAGUCAAGACCAUCAUCAGAAUCACAUCACAGAGAGUCUUCAUGUGUUGUUUUCUGUUACAACCUUUAGUUAGUGUUCUUAAUGACAAUAAGGGCUCGAAAUUCACGAAAUAGUGGGGUGUUUUCUUUCUUUUGGCGAGUAUGAGACUUUUCGGUAUUUAGUCAUUAUGGUUUUGGGCCUGUCACAAGGACCGUCAAUAAAGAAUUUUGCCGGACCGAACCGGCGUUCGGUCUUGUCAGGAAGCCUUUUUAAAAUUUUAUUUAUAUAUACUCAUUAUGCUUGUUUUCUUGCUUGCCUCCUUGCGUGAAUGAGUUGGUUAGUGAGUGUGUUAUAGUGUAGGUGUUAGUUGUUUACUGUUGUAGAAACUGUAAUAUGGUAUUGUGUGUUUUCGUUUAUAGAAAAAUUGUUUUUAUUCUUUUCGAUAAGAUGAUAUAAGAUGUAUAUUUGUGAAAAUUACAAGUAAGUAUAUGUAGUGAGGCUUUGAAAACCUAUUCCACAAGUCUGUCUCUUAAAUACGUCAAAUGUAAGAUACCAUGAGUAAAAUAUCACAACAUUAACAUGUUUUAUCU